AAUUCUCUUUUUUAAAAAAGCCAUUUUUCCUCCCCAGCGCGUGUUCGUUGCAUCUUUUUCAGUUGGGAGUUUGCAGUGGACAGGGGGCGGGAGAAUAAACAUCUGUUGCGAUCCGGACACAAGGAGAGACCCGGCCGCUUCUUUCAGCAGUGAGAAAGAGCGGAGUGGUGGCCAGAUCCGCAAACACCUGCGUCUCUCGCGUGCUGUCUGUGCGCAUUCCUAAACUCUGCGGGCAGGCAUGGGGUGUUUGGGCAACAGCAAGACGACAGAAGACCAGGGCGUCGAUGAAAAAGAACGCCGCGAAGCCAACAAAAAGAUCGAGAAACAGCUGCAGAAAGAGCGCCUGGCUUACAAAGCGACCCAUCGGCUUCUGUUACUGGGGGCCGGUGAGUCCGGAAAAAGCACCAUUGUCAAGCAGAUGAGGAUCCUGCACGUGAACGGCUUCAAUCCAGAGGAAAAAAAGCAGAAAAUUCUGGACAUUCGGAAAAAUGUUAAGGAUGCUAUUGUGACCAUAGUGUCGGCAAUGAGUACCAUAAUACCUCCAGUUCCGCUGGCCAACCCUGAAAACCAGUUUCGCUCAGACUACAUCAAGAGCAUCGCCCCCAUCACUGAUUUUGAAUAUUCCCAGGAGUUCUUCGAUCACGUGAAGAAACUCUGGGACGAUGAGGGCGUGAAGGCGUGCUUUGAGAGGUCCAACGAGUACCAGCUGAUCGACUGCGCACAAUACUUCCUGGAACGGAUCGACAGCGUCAGUCUGGUUGACUACACACCCACGGACCAGGACCUCCUCAGAUGCAGAGUUCUAACCUCGGGGAUCUUCGAGACACGAUUCCAAGUGGACAAAGUGAACUUUCACAUGUUUGAUGUCGGUGGCCAGCGGGAUGAGAGGAGAAAAUGGAUCCAGUGCUUCAAUGAUGUCACCGCCAUCAUUUACGUGGCCGCCUGUAGCAGCUACAACAUGGUCAUCCGGGAGGACAACAACACCAACAGGCUGAGGGAGUCCCUGGACCUUUUUGAAAGCAUCUGGAACAACAGGUGGUUACGGACCAUUUCUAUCAUCCUAUUCUUGAACAAACAGGAUAUGCUGGCAGAAAAAGUCUUGGCGGGGAAGUCAAAAAUUGAAGACUACUUCCCAGAGUAUGCAAAUUAUACUGUUCCCGAAGAUGCAACACCGGAUGCAGGAGAAGACCCCAAAGUGACAAGAGCCAAGUUCUUCAUCCGAGAUCUCUUCUUGAGAAUCAGCACGGCCACGGGUGACGGCAAACACUACUGCUACCCUCACUUCACCUGUGCCGUGGACACGGAGAACAUCCGCAGGGUGUUCAACGACUGCCGCGACAUCAUCCAACGGAUGCACCUUAAGCAGUACGAACUCCUGUGAGGAGGGGCUGCUGCCUGCCCGCCUCCCGCCGCCCCCACCCCCGCUCCCUCACACCCCGCAGGUGGAAGCUUCUCCAGCCCCCAUGCCCGCGGUAGGACAUCAUUUCUAGUUUGCACCUGGCGGCAUCUGUCCCCUCCUGGAUACAACCCCACGUGCAACCACCAAGCCUCCGGCUACCUCUGACCCACCCCAGGUUUGGCUCUGCAGCUUCCUGUUCUAACGGAGCACAACCUCCCGCAGGCUCCCGACGGCCUCGUCCAUGUGUGUCA